AGGGGUCUCGGAUGCUCCCUUGACCCUCCACGUGAAGAAAGCUGGGGCUCCUGAUUUGACCAUGGUUGAUCUUCCUGGGAUAAUUAGAGUUCCCGUGAAAGGACAGCCAGAGAAUAUCCAUGAGCAGAUCUCUGGGAUGAUAAUGAAGUACAUCAAGCCUCAAGAGUCCAUUAUCCUCAACGUACUGUCAGCUACGGUCGACUUCACCACAUGUGAAUCCAUUCGAAUGUCCAGACAAGUUGACAAAACCGGUGAACGGACUCUGGCUGUUGUCACAAAGGCAGACAUGGCUCCUGAAGGUCUUCUUCAGAAAGUAACAGCAGAUGAUGUAAGUAUUGGACUAGGUUACGUAUGUGUCAGGAACCGUGUAGGGGAAGAAACAUAUGAAGAAGCUAGAGACCAAGAAGAGUUACUUUUCAAGACUCAUCCAAUGCUCUCAAUGAUUGAUGAAAACAUUGUCGGUCUCCCGGUUCUAGCUCAGAAGCUAAUACAUAUUCAAACAACCAUGAUUUCACGCUGCUUGCCUGAGAUUGUACGCAAGAUCAACCACAAGAUGGAAACCGCUGACCUCGAGCUUAAAAAACUGCCAAUGGUAAUGACUUCCACUGGUGAAGCACUGAUGACACUGAUGGAUAUCAUCGCUUCUGCGAAAGAGUCUCUCCUAAGAAUCCUUAUCCAAGGAGAUUUCUCUGAGUUCCCUGAUAAUCAUGGCAUGCAUGGUACUGCUCGCCUGGCUGAUAUGUUAAGCAAGUUCUCAGAUGAUCUACAAGCAAAGCCUAAGCAAGUUAGAGAGUUCUUGAUGGAUGAGAUCAAAGUUCUUGAAGAAUACAAAUGUGUCGGGCUUCCCAACUUCAUUCCGAGAUCAGCAUUCAUGGCUAUACUUUCGCAACAUGUGGAUGACAUACAUGCAAAGCCGGUCGAGUUCAUCAAGAACUUAUGGGACUACAUCGAAGUUGUUCUCUCAUCAAUCAUCACCAAAUACUCUGAAAACUUUCCUCAAGUUCAACCUUCCAUCAAACGAGCUGGUCGAAAUCUCAUGAGCAAGAUCAAGGAACAAUCAGUGGAUAGAGUGAUUCAGAUUGUUGAGAUGGAAAAGCUUACGGACUACACAUGUAGCCCUGAGUACAUGAAGUCUUGGACGGAGAAGAUAGAUGCUCAGAAGAGUUUCGUCGAUGCGGUUUUGAACGUGAUAGGUACCAUCAGGCUUACGUGCGCAAGAAGAAAGGCAAGGGAAGAUUGGAAGAGGAUGACGUGGAGAGAGACGUUGAGAUUUUAAAUGAAAAGGGCGAACCUUCUAAAUCUCUCAGAGGCUUUGCCGUUGGAGCUCAAGAGUGAAGAAGGGAGCUGAAGAUCGAAGAAGGAAGCUCUAUAUAAACUAGUUCAUUUCUUUAAUUCUUUUUUAUGCUUUGAUUGUGAAAUGUUCAUAGACGCUAUGAGUCUUGAGCUCUCGAUCGCCAUGAGAUCGAUGAACUGAACUUGUAUUCGUUAUGAGAAUACUUGUUUAGCUCAGCAUCAGAGUAUAGUUUGUUACGAUUGAUUCCGUUACGAGUAAA